AUGGAAUUAGUGGUGAAAGGAGGGGAGCAAGUCAGUGGCGACGGUGAAGAUUUAAUGACGACGGUGAUAAGAAACGUCUGGUUUGCAGAUGGAAUUUACUAUGGGGUGGACACAGUAUUUGAUAGGAAACAAUUGUAUCAGAAGAGAUGGGAGUAUGAGGGAAGUGUUGUUGGAAUAGGCAAAGCAAAGUACGACUGGAGUCACGGGAAGAAGAUGAGCAUGCUGCCCAAUGUUAGAAACACGGGAAAAGAGGGAAAGCUCUACGGUGGUGACAGCAAGAGAGGAUAA